GGGUAUUGGGGUUGCAACUUGGUAUUAGAAACCUGGCACGAUGGCGGCUGUGCUGGAACUACAGCGGCAGCUGCAGGAUCAUGGCCAUCAGCUGGCUCAACUGUCCCAACAGCUUCAGAACAUGGAAAAUCUCAUCCGCUCGCAGGAGCCCUUGCACACGAGUUUCAAGACUCCAAGGCAGCCAAGGCAUAGCCGUUCGCCACCGGUCUCGGCAUCGCCUGAGCGGAAGGAUGGAGCCCCAAGUUGCACAACAGAAAUGGAGAUCGCCCAAGCGAGAUGGGAAGCAUUGGUCAACAUGAUAGAGCUGGAAGAGCAAACAAGAACGAGGGACGUCGCAGAACUCCGCAAGAUAAUUGAACAAAGUAAAAAAGACAAGUCUGAGGAAAAGCUGGACGGUCGCUUCAACCGCUUCGAGUUGCAGUUGGCAGAUCUUCGACGCGAGUUUGAAGGAUUUGUCAGGCAAACUAAAGCAAGACUUGGGAUGCAAGAGGAAACCAUCAAAGACUUGGUUUCCAGGUCCUGCAAGGAAUUCGAAGAUAGAAAGGUUUUACCCGUGGAAGGGGUAUCUUCAAUGGUUAGUGAGAUGUCGCCAAAGCCGCAAGAUGCCCGUGAUACCAAGAUGGAGGCCUUGAAGGUUCCAGUGGUCAAUCCUGUGGCAGUUCCAGUUGAAGGUGAAGGCAGUCACCUUUCUCAGACCUUGGCACAUGCUCAGAGCCAGGAUGCUUUGUCUGACAGUGCAAAACGACGGACCGCGAGCUCUUCGCCCAUCAGUAGGAAUGCGUAUGCCCGCUUGGGUGCGUGUGGCAAGUCGCAGACAAUCAAUGUGAUGCAGGAUGCAAAGCCACCAGUCCUGCAGAGGAAAACACCCAUCGCCUCACCAGUGGCGCAUGUGGCACCUGUUGCAUCAGUACCGGUUGCACCAGUGCCAUUCCUGAAUCGGGAAGGCACCGCUGGAAGUUUGAUGGAGGCCAAGUUCGAGCGAACCAUGGUGGAACCUCCGCGCAUCAUGACGGCUGCGCGCCUUUCGCCACCUAUGACCCGCUGGGCGUUGCCGUGUUUGCUUCAUAUCAUCAAAGUUGUGACUCGGACGGGCUGUGUGGCUCCUGAAGUCAUAGGCCAUGAGGAGGUCUUGUCACGUGAGCACUCUCUUGAAGAGGACGAGGAGGAUACCAUUGAUGUGGUGCCCUCUGAGCGCAGCUACCCUCGGCUGUCACAUCCUCGACGAAAGCUCCGUGCUGAGAAGCAGGAUCAUGUUACUAUAGUUGCGGAUCCUGACAGCGAUGAUGACAACGAGGAAUCACACCUAGUUGCUGGACAUGGACAUGCACAUCACCACGGCGAAAUGGAGGAACGCUCCAAGAUCACCGUGUGGGCUGCCUCAUCCAAUUUGGUGACUUGCAUGGUGGGAGCCAGCGUGCUGAGUUUGCCACGCAUGGUGGCGAACAAUGGGUGGGCUUUAGGCCCAGCCAUGGUGUUGUUGGCCGGGUUUGUCUCCUACCAAGCUGCGUGCAUGGUUGACCAAGCAAUUGAUCUUUUGGCGGAUGCUGGGCAUCAUCCCAAGAACAUUGGAGACGUUGUUCAGGAGUGCUUUGGAUAUCGUGGAAGACGAGCUGUUUUGUUCCUUACUUGCAUUUUUCAGAUCAGCAAAUGUGGUGUCUACUUCGUGGUCAUUGGUGCAAAUCUGAACUAUGCGAUGGAUGCUAUGUCAUCUAGACAGUGGGCCCUUGUAGGCGCGGCACUUUGCAUGCGGUUGAUGUUCGUUCAAGACAUCUCCGUCAUCUCCCAAUGGUCAUUCAUUGGAGUGCUCGCUUCUGGAUUGUACUUACUUACGAUUUCAGCCGGAGGCGUUGAGGCUGCAGCAAUUCACCCGUCACCUACCAAGACCUGGCCAAAUACCUACAGCAAUUUGCUUGCGGAUUUUGCAGUGAUGGUUUACGCGUACUCCCCCUGUGAUGUAUUGCCUGUCUUGAAGCACGACAUGAAGGAACCCAAACACCUACAUCAAGCUUUGCGCCUGUCCUUUUUCACCGUGGUCUUUAUUUAUGUGAGUUUGGGCUCGGUUGCCUUCCUUGGCUGGGGCAAUCACGUUGCUGGCAAUGUGCUGCUGUCCAUGUGUGAUCCUCCUGGUUGUCCUGGCAAUUUGCCAGCAAAGGUCGAUGUGCCAGGAAAGAAGCUGCUCGGAUAUUGUCUCGCGGGGGCUGUUGUUUCAAAUCUGAUGGUCACCGCACCAGUCGUGUUGUACUGUGUGUUCCGCGUACUGGAAAACGAGCACGCCGUGGUAACUCACCCAUUGGUGAAUGGAGUGCUGAGGGUGGCUACAGUGACCAUUGCUGUGUUGAUAGCCCUUUUUUUGCCGCAUUUCACGGAAAUUCUAGCAGUCAUUUCUACGGGAUUGUUGACGGUGCUUCAGGUUUUUGUGCCAGUGGCUGUGACGCUGGCAUUGCGUGGUUUUGGAUUUCGCGUGUUUUUGCUCUCUGUGUUGGGCACAGGUAUGCUAACUGCUGGUAUGUCCAGUGCCCUGAGAAACCUGUACACGGUCAUUGCAGAAGGCUGA